AUGCCAUCAGAUCAUUUCCCUGCUCCUAAUGGGAUGCUCCCUUACUGGCGCACGGAGCCCCAUCGACUUGACAAUUAUCGGUCCACAGAAGCUCUGCCGAAGGAAAGUGAUAUCAUCAUCGUGGGUGCUGGUUAUGCAGGCUCAUCUGUCGCAUAUCAUAUCCUCGAUCAAAUCAAGCCUGGAUCUAAGCCACCUUCGAUCACUAUUCUGGAGGCCCGACAGGCAUGUUCUGGAGCGACAGCUCGGAAUGGAGGUCAUAUGAAACCUGAUAUCUAUAACUUUGUCGCUACCCUUGAAGCAGAGUAUGGCGUCGAGGCUGCGGCAGAAGUUGCCGUAUUUGAAGCGAGACAUGUUCAUGCCGUCAAGGACUUUGUUGAUAAGGAAAGGAUUGACUGCGAUUAUACAGUCACAAAAGCGAUCGAUGUGCAGUUAUGUUCAGGUCAUUUUCAAAAGCUUAAGAGCGGAUAUGAACGGUUAGUCUCGAAUGGGUUUGAACCAACUAAGCCAGCUCGCUUUGUGAAUGCUGAGGACGCUGAAUCUUUCUCGGGUGUCAAAGGCGCAGUUGGCUGUGUUACGUAUGAUGCCUCAAGUAUCUGGGCUUACAAGUUCGUGCUGCAUCUCCUGGAAAAAGUAGUCUCGCAAGGCGUGAAUCUGCAGACUCAUACACCAGUGUCUAAGAUCACGAAGUCGACCAAUGAGUCUGCGUCUUCAUCUCAUUGGCAAGUGGAGACUCCGCGCGGCACUAUCACGGCACAGAAGGUGAUCCUUGCGACUAAUGCCUAUACCUCCGCUCUCGCCCCGCAAUACCAGAACAAGAUCAUUCCCGUCAGGGGGACGUGUUGUCGAAUUGCUGUUCCUCCCGCAUCGACAGUCCCUCGCUUGACUUGUACCUAUACACUGCGGUGGAAUGGUUGGGACUAUGAUUAUUUGAUCCCGCGUGCUGAUCGGAGCAUCGUGGUCGGGGGUGCCCGGACGGCUUUCAUCCAUGACUUGAACAACUGGUACAAUGUCAGUGACGAUAGUCGUGUUUUAGAGGGUGCUGUGCGUUAUUUCGAUGGGUAUAUGCAGAGGACUUUCGUGGGGUGGGAGGAUAGUAAUGCGUACACCGAUCGGGUGUGGACUGGAAUUAUGGGAUAUUCGUCGGAUGGAUUACCGCAUAUUGGGGCUGUUCCCGGACAACAAGACGAAUAUAUUCUGGCUGGAUUUACGGGUCACGGGAUGCCGCAGAUCUUUUUGGCUGCGGAAGGGAUUGCGAAAAUGGUGGUUGGUGAUGUGGCAUUCGAAGAGACUGGCCUGCCCCGGCUAUUCAAGACGAGCCAGUCGAGACUUGACAAGCAGGAAAAUAAGAUAUUGAGUAGCGCGCCUGAAGGUGGGUCAUCGCUGGCCAAGCUGUGA